AUGGCUUUAGUCAGGGUAAGGUAUCAGUAGGGUAAGGGAUCCCUUAAAAAAAGCACACUAGGCUUGGUACCGGGCCGGCACAUGCUGGUCCGAGUGCCAGAUGUCAGCCAAUACAAAUUAUUAUAAUAGAUACUGACCUCUUGCCAACUGAUAGUAUUUUUUUUCACUUCCAGGCAAAAGGCAACGCCAUAAAACGCCAACUUCCUUCUACCGAACAGAUAGUCUAUAAUCAAUGCUCACGAGGAGCCAAAACUCCACCGGCGUUGGCCGAAUGUGUAGUAGGUCUAAUGAAUGCGAGAGAUCGAAGAAAUAAUGGGAAGGUGCAAAGGAACAGCGAAGAGGUUCAAAGACACACGGAUUUGUUUAGUACGAUGACAAAACUUUUUCAUCAAGUUUUUCCACAAAAUAUUGAAAAUGGCAAAGGUAAAGAAGAUGAACAUAAUGAUCAAGAAAAGAAGUUAGAUAAGACCAAACAUGAGAAUUCAUUAUCAGAAGUUAAUUCUAAUACAAAGCAAGAUGAAGACGACAAUUCGAGUGAUAAAAAUGAUAAACUACGUGACCUAAUAUCGUCGGAGACUUCAAAAACCUACGUCGAUUUAAAUUCUAUCGAAGAAGAAGGCUCGUUACCUUCAACUGAAAGUUUACUACCGUCAAAGCAACAUGAUACUAAUAUCAUACACCAAUCUGAUGCUGCAGCAGUAGAGCAUGAAAAAACAGCUUUGACAGCAAAGUUUCCUUUAGAAAGACCCAAGAACUUGAAAAACGACAAAAAGUCAUCAGACUCUUCGACAAGAAUCAACGAUUUAAAUACGAAAGCAAAAUCAGGAGCCUCUACAAAGUCAAGAAAAGCUAAAACAAGGUCUCCAGAAUCUAAAAGUUCUCAAUUAUCGUCUACAGAAGCGAUAGCCUUAAAAUCAAUAUCAACAGAAGAAAAGCCUUUGAAAGUAAAUUCAGAAGACUCUGAAAAAGUUAGAAAACAAUCUAGAGAAGAUUCUGAAGAAGAGCUUAUUCAAAUCAUCAACGACCUUAAGGUGGAACAACAAAAAGAACUCGUUGUGUUUCCGAAAGCGGCCAAUGGUCGAAGAACAAGAAGAGAGGUUCAUAGAGGUUAUAAAGAAGAAGAUCAUAGAGGCCAUGAGGAAGAUGUUCAUAAAAGUUAUAAAGAAGAUCCUGACAGAAGUCACACUGAAAAAGAGCUACAGAAGCCGCAAGAAGGCUCUUCAGUAUCUCAUCGGGCCAAAACAUCUGAGUCUCAUUAUUUUCAUAGGUCAACAUCAAAAGCCAAAGGAAACGAACUAUCAGAUCAUACUACAAGGUCAAGAUUAGAAGCCAAAAGCUACACAAAAGCUAAACGAAAAGUAAAUUUUGAAUCCCUUCGCAAAAUAAGAAGAUCAACAGAACCUGACCGCCCCAAAAAAUCUUCAUCAGAACAUCGCCGUACCAAAAGAUCCACCUCAGAAACCAAAAUUUCCUCUCAAAAGCUCACAAACUUUAAAAGAUCGAGAAGAGCCCUCCCAAAAUCGCUAGCCAACCUCCAAAAACUGCGCAACUAUAUGACACUGACAGAGAAGUAUAACAAAUAUGCAAAUGAAGUUAACAAUGUGAAUUCUGAAUUCUUUCACAAAUCCGGAUUAAAAAUGCAAUUCAAUGUCAAAGAGCCGGAAAAGCUAGGAUUUUUGGAUCAAAUGGUGGAGAUGGUCAAUAGUGCUAUGGUAAGCUUUACCUUGAUUUGUCUUUUCUUGCCUUGCCUUGCCCUGCCUUUCCAUGCUUUGCCUUGCCCGGCCUUCCCUUGCCUUGCCUUGCCCUGCCCUUCACCGCCUUGCUCUCCUCUGCCUUGUUUUGCCGUGCAUUGCCUUCGCUUGGUCUGCUUGCCUUGCCGUGCUUUGUUUUGCCUUUUUUUGCCGUGCCCUAUACUACCCUACCAUACCUUUCCCUAUCCUAACUAAUACGCCAACUUUCAAUAUUUUAUGCCAAUUUUAACCUCAAAUGUUUCAGAAAAACCAAAGUAAAUUAUCGAUUUUGUCACCGCGACUCCUACCCCUGUUUGGUGGCAAACGGCGCCCUCACUUAAUGUCCCCAAACUUGUUUAGUUUCGAACCAAACGAUGGAAUUUUAUCAUUGCCGGACAUUUUUAAGGUUAGUUUACUCUUCUUGACUGUUUCUUGA